ACCUUCUCCUGCUUUUUCUGACUUAAUGGAUUCAAGAAUAUCAAUCAUAGCGGAAUAGAAUAGAUUGAGUCCUCGAAACCUCAAGUGAAGUCCUUCACUUCUCCUUAUACAGGAGCUGGGGGUAUGGGAACCGCCCCCAUCCUCUCCACCCUUCCUCCCCCUACCCCCACCCCCAGGAAACAAACAGCCAGACCUAGUAUUGCCCUAACCACCUUCGCCCAGAAAGAGGAGGGUAGGGAAGCAGAUUGAGGAGCGACCAGCUGCAGCCUCCCUCUCACUAAUUAACUGCUUUAUAAUUUACUAGCCCAGCGCCCACCUCCCUUCCAAUCCCUCUUGUGGGACGCGCAGCCACCCCCUCCCUUACCUCCGUCCCCCAUACUCCUUCUCUCCCCUUCUCAUUUGGUCAGCCCGGCUUUCCAUCCUAACUGAAUGGAGUUCUCCGGUGCGCGCUGCCCCAGAGGCCGUUAGGAACUUCCCACCAUCCACCGGACACCCCCCAAAAAGCCCCCAUUUUUCAAAGGAUGCAGCAGCGCCGUGGGCGGCUGGGAGACCACGGCUGCGGACAGACCAGCCUGGCGCACAACAGAAGCAGCAGCGGCGGCGGCGGCGGCGGCGGCUGCUGCGGCGGCAGCAUCAGCUUUCAGGUGCCGGGGUGGCUCUCGAGGAGCAAAGGCUUCACCACUGAGACGAGCCCUGGAGGCAGUGCCUCGGAGAGCCCCGGGCUCCGCAAAUAGCUGGGGCCGCCUCGAGCCAAAGUGGGGCGGCUAGAGGAGAAGAAGGAAGAGGAAGAGGGAAGCACAGUUCUUGGCGCUGGCGCGGACGGUGUACAAAGAUAAGGGCUGCGUUCCUCCAAGCUCCCUUUACCCGGAGUGGCUGGAUCAUGAUUGCCUUCACUGGCGUCACCUUCCCAGGACGAAAGGACAGCGGGAGGCUUGACUAGAGCUUGGCGCCCUUUCUCAACUCCUCUGAUUUCUUUUUCUUUCGUUCUUUCUUUUCUUAAAAUAUAAAAGAACUCCCACCUGGGGCGCUCCGCCACCUUCCCCUUUCUCUUGCCCCAGUUUCCCCCCUCCCCCCAAGCGCUAUGGAGUUAACCGAUGUGCGCUGCUUGAGCAGCAUGGAAGAACUCUACACCAUUAACCCGACACCCCCGGCCAGCGGCGGCAGCGGGGGGAGCUGCAGCGGCGCCGGCGGUGGCUCGCGAUCCCAGAGGCUGCUCUGGCAGACCGCGGUGCGGCACAUCACGGAGCAGCGCUUCAUCCACCAGAGCGGUGUCUGCGGCGGGAACGGCAAGACCAGCGACCCUGGCGGCCCCAACCACCACGCGCCCCACCUCCAGCAAGCCCCAGCCCUCCCCCUCUGCCCUUUGGGCCAGCCCGGGAGUCUGGGCUCGACCGGGAAGGGCGGUCACAACAACGGGGGUGGCCCCACCAAAGUCUUCCCCGAGCGGAGGGGCAGCAGCGGUGACCUGGGUUUCCUGCACCUCGACUGCGCUCCCAGCAACUCGGAUUUCUUUCUCAAUUGGGGUUACACCUACCGAGGGGUGAUCUUCCCCACCCUGCGGAACUCCUUUAAGUCCCGGGACCUGGAGCGCCUCUACCAGCGCUAUUUCCUGGGACAGCGGCGCAAGUCCGAGGUGGUCAUGAACAUCUUGGACGUGUUGACCAAACUGACCUUGCUCGUGCUCCACCUGACCCUGGCAUCGGCCCCCAUGGACCUCCUCAAGGGCAUCCUUCUGGGCUUCUUUACAGGCAUCGAGGUGGUCAUCUGUGCUUUGGUGGUGGUCAGGAAGGACACCACUUCCUACACGUACCUACAGUACAGCGGGCUGGUGACCUGGGUGGCCAUGACGACUCAGAUCCUAGCAGCAGGUCUGGGCUACGGGCUCCUAGGGGAUGGGAUUGGCUAUGUGCUCUUCACUCUCUUCGCCACCUACAGCAUGCUGCCGCUGCCCCUCACCUGGGCCAUCCUUGCGGGGCUGGUCACAUCUCUAGUGCAGAUCUUCCUGGAACUAAUCAUCCCACGAUUGGCGGUGAAUUCCAUCAACCAGAUAGUGGCUCAGGCGGUUUUGUUCAUGUGCAUGAACACAGCAGGAAUCUUCAUUAGCUACCUGUCAGACAGAGCCCAACGUCAAGCUUUCCUGGAAACGAGAUGUGUGGAAGCAAGGUUGAGGCUAGAAACGGAGAAUCAAAGACAGGAACGACUGGUACUUUCUGUACUGCCUCGGUUUGUUGUCCUAGAGAUGAUCAAUGAUAUGACCAAUGUGGAAGAUGAGCAUUUGCAGCACCAGUUCCACAAGAUCUACAUCCAUCGCUAUGAGAAUGUCAGUAUUCUUUUUGCAGAUGUUAAAGGAUUUACCAACCUUUCCACGACCUUGUCAGCACAGGAGCUGGUCAGGAUGUUGAAUGAACUCUUUGCCAGAUUUGAUCGACUGGCCCAUGAGCAUCACUGUCUUCGGAUUAAGAUCUUGGGAGACUGCUACUAUUGUGUGUCUGGACUCCCUGAACCUCGUCAGGACCAUGCCCACUGCUGCGUUGAAAUGGGGCUCAGUAUGAUCAAGACCAUCAGGUAUGUUAGAUCAAGGACAAAGCAUGACGUUGACAUGCGCAUAGGCAUCCAUUCUGGAUCAGUGCUCUGUGGAGUGUUGGGUCUCCGGAAGUGGCAGUUUGAUGUUUGGUCCUGGGAUGUGGACAUCGCGAAUAAGCUAGAAUCAGGUGGAAUCCCCGGGAGGAUUCACAUCUCCAAGGCCACACUGGACUGCCUCAAUGGUGAUUAUAACGUUGAAGAAGGGCAUGGUAAAGAACGAAAUGAGUUCUUGAGAAAACAUAACAUAGAGACCUAUUUAAUAAAGCAGCCCGAGGAAAGUCUCUUGACUUUGCCCGAAGACAUUGUAAAAGAGUCAGUCAGCUCCUCAGAUAGGACAAACAGUGGGGCCACGUUUACAGAAGGAUCCUGGAGCCCCGAACUCCCAUUUGAUAACAUUGUGGGGAAACAGAAUACUCUGGCUGCCCUAACAAGAAAUUCAAUAAAUCUGCUUCCAAACCAUCUUGCACAAGCUUUGCAUGUCCAGUCUGGGCCUGAGGAAAUUAACAAGAGAAUAGAGCACACCAUCGACUUACGGAGUGGCGAUAAAUUGAGAAGAGAGCAUAUCAAGCCUUUCUCACUGAUGUUUAAAGACUCCAGCCUGGAGCAUAAGUAUUCUCAAAUGAGGGAUGAAGUAUUCAAAUCAAACUUGGUCUGUGCAUUUAUCGUGCUUCUCUUUAUCACCGCAAUCCAAAGUUUGCUUCCUUCUUCAAGGAUGAUGCCAAUGGUCAUUCAAUUUUCUCUCCUGAUCAUGCUGCACUCGGCCCUUGUUCUUAUCACCACAGCAGAAGAUUAUAAGUGUUUACCACUCGUGCUGCGGAAAACUUGCUGUUGGAUUAAUGAAACCUAUCUGGCCCGAAAUGUUAUCAUCUUUGCCUCCAUCUUGAUUAAUUUCCUUGGUGCCAUUUUAAAUAUUCUGUGGUGUGAUUUUGACAAGUCAAUACCCUUGAAGAACCAGACUUCCAAUUCCUCGGCUGUGUUUACAGAUAUCUGCUCGUACCCAGAGUAUUUCGUCUUCACGGGUGUGUUGGCCAUGGUGACCUGUGCAGUUUUCCUCCGACUUAACUCUGUCCUGAAGCUGGCUGUGUUGCUGAUUAUGAUUGCGAUCUAUUCUCUACUGAUGGAGACCAUUUAUGCUUCCCUCUUUCUGCACUAUGACAACUUUAAUCACAAUGGAGAAAGGGAUUUCCUGGGAACCAAGGAGGCCUCCCUGCUUUUGAUGGCCAUGUUUCUCCUUGCUGUGUUUUACCAUGGACAGCAGCUGGAAUACACGGCUCGUCUGGACUUCCUCUGGCGUGUUCAGGCCAAAGAGGAGAUCAAUGAGAUGAAAGAACUGAGGGAGCACAAUGAGAACAUGCUUCGUAACAUUCUGCCAAGUCACGUGGCUCGACAUUUCUUAGAGAAGGAUCGAGAUAACGAGGAACUGUAUUCCCAAUCCUAUGAUGCCGUCGGUGUGAUGUUUGCCUCCAUCCCUGGAUUUGCUGAUUUUUAUUCUCAGACAGAAAUGAAUAACCAAGGAGUGGAAUGUCUGCGCUUGCUGAACGAAAUCAUUGCUGAUUUUGAUGAGUUACUUGGUGAAGACCGAUUUCAAGAUAUUGAAAAAAUUAAGACAAUUGGCAGCACUUAUAUGGCAGUAUCAGGCUUAUCACCGGAGAAACAGCAAUGUGAAGAUAAGUGGGAUCACUUAUGUGCUCUGGCUGACUUCUCUCUUGCCCUGAAUGAAAGCAUACAGGAGAUCAACAAGCAUUCAUUUAACAAUUUCGAGCUCCGCAUUGGUAUCAGCCAUGGAUCUGUGGUAGCAGGAGUUAUUGGCGCUAAGAAGCCACAGUACGAUAUCUGGGGCAAAACCGUCAACCUGGCAAGUCGUAUGGAUAGCACCGGUGUCAGUGGCCGGAUCCAAGUGCCUGAGGAGACAUAUCUCAUCCUGAAGGACCAAGGUUUUGCUUUUGACUACAGAGGAGAGAUUUACGUCAAAGGCAUCAGUGAACAGGAAGGAAAAAUCAAAACGUAUUUUCUUCUGGGAAGAGUACAACCCAAUCCAUUAAUCUUACCACCAAGAAAACUGCCUGGACAGUACUCCUUAGCAGCUGUCGUCCUGGGACUGGUUCAGUCACUGAACAGGCAAAGACAGAAGCAAAUACUCAAUGAGAACAACAAUCCCGGCAUUAUAAAGGCUCAUUAUAACCGACGGACUUUGUUGACUGCCGGUGGUCCCGAACCAGCAGUCCAAGCGGAAGGCGUUGAUAAAUCUGACUUGCCAUAAUAAGCGUUUUCUUUGCGUUCCUUUUUUCGUAUUUCUUUUAUAUAUGAAAAAAAUAAAUACACUAAUAAAAAGGUUUAAUUUUUUUUAGAAUAAGGAUGCUUUUACUGAUGUUUGGUGGGUACCAGAUGGAAGAGGCCAGUCACAGAGUCGUGGAGUGAAAGGGACCUCUGAGAUCACCUAGUCUAACAUCCUCAUUUUGCGGAUAAGUGAACUGAGGGCUGGAGUGAAGCAGCUUGCCCAGACAAGUUAGUGGCAGAGCCAUGAUCAGAGCACUCAAG